CAGAGAUCCGCCUGCCUCUGCCUCCUGAGUGCUGGGAUUAAAGGCGUGCACUGCCACACCCGGCUCAGGUGAUUUUCUCUUAAAGACUGGGCCUUCACCAUACUUACAAGCCUGGGACCCCAGGGCUGGGGGUGGGGUGGCCUGCCUCCUAACUGCAAGUCUCCGCAUUGGGUCCUAUCAGUUAAUACCCCAGUGACUGGGUCCUUGGAAGGAGGAGGCCCAUCGUGGCCCUGCGGGCUGCAUGCUUUAAUGGGACACAUGUUGCUGCACGGCCUCCGCAGGCCCUGCUUGGGACAGGCUUUGAGCAGCCACAGGCAGAAAAUUGCUACAUUGUCCUGACAUUAGGGCGAGCAAAUCAGCAUCACAGCGUGGCAGGGCGUGAAAGGCGUCGCUGGCCAGCACUCCUCAGUGUCUUCAUCAGACCUCAUGACACCCGGGGCUCCAUCCUCAUCAUCUAGGGUGGCAUGCGGAGCACAAAGCUCCCUGUGACACUGGAGGGCCACCAGAAGAACAUGAGGAGAUAAGCUGCAGCCAGGACUUGACAAGUAGAGACAGUGGUGAGGUUCAGACCUACAGUAGCUGGCUCAACAACGUCUGGAGAGGAUGGGCUUGGGAAAAGUCUUCAGUGGUGAGUCAAGGAAUAGAAGAGAAAAAAUACAGGAAAGGAGUGCUCAGGGAAACAGGAAGCAUCUUGAAACCCAGAGGCAGCCUGGGUUAUUGGCAAGGAACCCAUAGAGGGACAUAGGGACAGCUCCCCUGCAUCCCUUUUCUGUCCCCUCCCCCUCUGGGUUUUGCCAGCUUCAAGAGCCUCAUUGACAUGUAAACGAGGUACCCCUAUAAAGGCAAUGCAGUCUACUGUUUCCGCAGACACCACAAGAUGGGCACUGAGCCCACGCCGAGGGGCAGCCCCAGUGGUUCAGCCAGCGGCUUCCGAAAGAUCUCCAAGCCUCUGAUGGAGAAGAAGCGCCGUGCACGCAUCAACGUGUCCCUAGAACAGCUCAAGUCUCUUCUGGAGAGACACUACUCGCAUCAGAUACGGAAACGGAAGUUGGAAAAGGCUGACAUCCUGGAGCUGAGUGUCAAGUACAUGAAAAGCCUUCAGAAUUCCUUGCAAGGACUCUGGCCAGUACCCAGUGGGGUCGACUACCCGUCUGGCUUCCAAGGCUGCUUGCCCGGCGUGAGCCAGCGGCUUCGGCGCGGAGGGGACAGCAGUGGCCUGCGCUGCCCCCUGGUGCUCGAGCGCAGGGCAGGCAGCACCAUGGACAGCGCCAGCCCGCAGGCGGUCUCCGUUCUUAGCCCCUGCCUCCCCGCGGUCUGGGCUCCAGCUUCCGCGGCCGGAGGCUCCCAGUCCCCGCUGUCCCCACUCCCUCUCCCUAGGGGUCUCCCCGAGUCCUCUACCGGCGUUCCAGCACCACAACCAGCGCCAAACUGCCAAACCGAGGAAAGCUCCAGACCCGGCCUUGGGGUGUGGCGGCCCUGGUGAGGCCUAGGCGAAGAUUCAGACGCAAGACCCUUCCCCCACUCCCAUCAACCACCGUCUCGUCUUGGGACACAGAAACUAUUUUGGGUGCACCCAUGGUGACUGCGGGGACUCUUUUAAUAGGUGGCCCCCUGUGGAUGCGGUCUGCACGUCUAGGUGAAUUGACCCACUCCAGCCCACCCACCAGCCAAACCAGCUCCCCUCCUCCCACCUCUAGUGGAGCUGGGAGGGGACAUGUGGGCUGUGCCCCUUUCCCAGGGACCCAGGGCUGGCAGUCCGCCCCUGCCCCCCCUCCACAGUUGCGUCACGGUGGGAAGGUCGCGGUCGCCAGCGGCGCAGAGCGGACCCCUCGCAGCGAGGAGAAUUGCUGCCCCGCCCUGGUGCAUUCAACCAGCCUGGGGAGCUCUGUUCCCACGGGCACAAAGCGCGCCGGGCUCCGCCCCUGGAGCGAUGGGCUCCCAUCCCAUCCCGCCCCCACCCAAGACCCUCGCAACCCAUCCCCUCUGCACCGGGCCCACCCUGCGGGCGCGUUCUCCGAGACCCUCCCUUCGCAGAAGCCCACGGCUGUGGGGCGCUGGCGCGGAGCGUGGGCUCCGCCUCUAAGGUUCUUUGCGUGCUCGGACGCCGGCCGCGUCUCGUCGCAAUCUAGAGUACCAGGCCCCACCCAUCGCUGCGCAGCACUGCCAGCGCGAACCUCGGCACUUCGGCAAAGACCGGUACCCGAGACCACACAGUGCCUUCUGAGCCCUCGUAGGCUCCCGUCGUGGGCCAGCCUGGGGUGCAGUCGGAAGUGCCAGCACCUCCUAGCGCCAACAUGCAAUUCUGAAUAAAGACUGGGUGCGAGCGCACCACGGAUACCAAA